CUAUCUAUAAAACGUCCUUUUCUAUGACAAGCAGAAAAUGCGGUCGUUAGCCUCCAUAUCGAUCCGGCGCGAAAUCUCGCGCUUGUAUUCAUCCAGAUAAGGUAGUAAUGGUGAUGCACGUAGAGCUCCAGGCUACCUGCAGUGCCCUGGGGUACCAGGAAGACGGGAAAUAUGUCAAGGAACCAGACUGUUUGGAGACUGUCAAAGACCUAAUCCGUUUCUUGAAGAGAGAGGAUGACUCUUGUGACAUCCGUCGCCAGCUUGGCAGUGCUCAGAUUCUACAAAAUGACCUUCUGCCUUUGCUGAAGACUUACAAGGAUGAUGCUACUUUGUUUGACACAGUAAUCAGGUUGCUGGUCAACCUCACCCAGCCGGGUAUGCUGUGUUUUAAUGGAGCUAUCCCAGAAGAUAAAACAACUCGCAAUCAGUAUUUAGAGAUAGAGCAGCACCUGCAGAGUUACAAACUGGCAUUUGCAGAUGAGGCCUUAUUUGCUGUGUUGACAAAGAAACUAGGAGACUUACUACAGCUUACACCAGAGCAGUUGGCGUCAGCAGGGUCGGCCAAGACAGAUUCUGAGAGACAGAAAGAGGAUAAACAGCUGGACCUCAUUCGUGAAAAAGAGAAGGCUCAAAAACUGGCAUGUGUCAUGAAGUACAGUUCCAGACACUCUCGUUUUGGCGGCACAUAUGUGAUGAAGAACGUCAAAUCUAUCAGCGAAAAUCAGAUGAUAUACCACCGCUCCUUGGCAGAGGUUAAAAACCUCAGCUUUGAUCAAGAUAAGAAACCAAAGAAAAAACCAAAGAACCGUCAACCAAUCAAAAGCCAAGAACUGACAAGGCGUUCUACUCUGAGCAUUCGGCUUUUUCUGAAGGAGUUCUGUAUUCAGCUGCUAGAGAACUGCUACAAUCCUUUGAUGUAUGCUGUCAAGGAUAGUUUGCUGCACUCCAAAGCUCAGGAGAAUGAUGAGAGCUAUUACCUGUGGGCCAUGAGGUUUUUCAUGCAGUUCAAUAGAUUGUACAAGUUCAGGGUGGAGUUAGUGAGUGAGACCAUGUCUGUGCCUACCUUUCAUUACAUCCAGACCAAUUUAAUGACGUACCAUGAGACCGUGCUGAGUGACAAGAAAGAAGCGGUCACCUGGUCUAAAAGGAUGCACCUUGCCCUGAGAGCGUACCAGGAGUUACUGAUGUCCCUGAACACUAUGGAUAAAGACCCGGAACUGAAGGCCAGUGCAAAAGUGCUUAAAGGCAAUGUGUUUUAUAUGAUGGAGUACAGGGACAUAUUUUUGAUCUUGCUUAAGAAGUUUGACCAGUCUUGUCAGUCAAGGACUUUCCUGAAGGACCUGAUAGAGACCACCCAUUGCUUUACUAAGAUGCUGGAGCAUUUCUGCAAGAAAAACAAGCACUUGGUGGUGCAGAAGAAAAAAAAAGGGGGAAGGAAGAAAAAGAGCAAAGGUCAGAAACAGCCCCAAGGUCCAGAAGAGCCACAAUUCACCCAGGAACAACUGGAGAAUCAAUGGGAUGGAAUAUCUGGUGACUUGUCCGCCAUUUUUCAGGACAGAGGUGACGUCCCAGAAAAUGUGACCCCAUUUGAUGCUGCAUCAGAGGAAACAGAUGACCAGCAGAGGAUUAAUGCUAUGGUGAAGAUUCACGAGUUCCUGCGAGGUGGCAAGGCAGGAGAAGCUGUGGCCAUGUUUAGAGCUGCCAGGGAGGUGUGGCCAGAUAGACAGGAGUUUGGCACUCCUGACAUCAGCCCAGAAGAUGAAUUUAUGGCUCUCAGAGAAAUAUUCUUCACUGAUAUUCCAAAACCUGCUGCAGCAGAGGCCACACAUGAAGAAGAGCUGCAAGAAGAGGACGAUCAAGAGGAGAUAGAAGAAGAGGAAGGAGUGUCAGCCUUUGAGAAUUACGAACAGGAGUUCAGUUUCAGAGAGUUUAUAGACAGAUUUGGAAAUCCCCAAGUCUUGAAGCACUAUUCACUUCUGCUCUCUGAGUACUCCAAGAACAGCACCUUCACCAAUCAUUGCAUCGUCAAGCUCCUACAUCGGGUUGCUGUGGAUACAGGGAAGGUUGGGAUGCUGUUCCAGGCCUCAUUGUUCCGGACAUUUCAGAAGAUCCUGUUUGACCCCAUGGCCAAGUCCAAACAUUACGAGGAGAUUGUAACAUUUUCCAAAUAUGUUGUCAGAAAAUUCUUUGAGUGUGCCCAGAAAAAUGAAAAGAUAUUUGUGGAGCUGUUGUUCUGGAAAACCAACAAAGAUGCCAUGGAGGUGGUGGAAGGUUAUGGUACAUACAAGGAAAAACAUAGUAAAAGUGCCCCUGCGUGGACUGAAGAACAGGACGAAGAAUUGAAGUACCUGUUUGACAAGUUCAGAGAUGAUACAGAACUGAGCAGACACAUCCCUCCCCCUCUACACCAGGAACCACACCUACUGGCUCAUCCAAACAGAAAUCCUCCAGACUAAAGCUGAUAAAUGAUGAAUCUUCGGACGACAACAACGAUGAUGACCUCACCCCCGUCAGUACCCACCAAACCCCCCUCAAAGAUGACACCCCUUCAAAGAGUGGACACCGGCUCCUGGAUAGUGACUCUUCGGACGAUGAUGACCAGACUUUGGCCCAGGCUGGACAGUUAAAGAGUAGCAAGGACAAGUUGACAGCAUCAGAAGUGUCCCAUUUGGUAAAUGGCGAUUCUUCAGAUGAUGAGCCAGUGACAGGCAAAAGGAAGUCCCAAAACAAUGGAAAACGAGAUUUUGAAAGUGAUACAGAUGACGAUGAACCUCUUGCGGCAAGCAUGCAGAAAGCAAAGAAGGUACCUCUUGCAUCGGAGAGUGACUCAGACGAGCCUUUGUCAAAGCCCAGUGGCCCUAAGAGCAAACUCUCUGAGGAGACAAGAGCUCAGCUGAAGAGGGCACUGGAGUCGGAUUCCUCAGACGAUAGUGAUGAUGACAGACUAGUAAUUGACAGUGAAAAGGAAAAGACAAAGCAACCGAGCAAGAGAACCAAGAUCCAGGAAGAAAGUGACCAGGAAAAGAAAGAGGAUAAAGAAAAUAUGAGAGACACUAGUGCCAAGGAGCUAGCCUCUUUUCCUGCCACGUUAUUGUCACAAGGCCCUGGAAGUGACUCUGACUCUGACAUCGAAGAUCACAUCCCACUGAGGAGGGGAGCUAAGAGGAAGACGAUAGAAAGUGACAGUGAUGACGAUUAGAGUUGUAUUUGUGCAAAUAUAUAUAAUAAAAGUAUAUAUCAAACAGUUUUUACCCGAGUGUCAGUGCAGUAAAACACUGUGGACAGCUCAGUAGUGGUUGUUAUAUAAAUGCAGAUCAAAUUAUAUAACAUAACUGUAAUAUCAUUACACGGGUCCGUUGGGCAAAGAAAUCGCGUUUCAAUACAUAAUAUAAUUAUUACUAGAGUAACUAAAGAUUGCUGGAUUCACCAGAUCUUUGACUUUCUUUUUUUUUGUGAGCCAUAGAUGUAUAUUAAAAUAAAAUUUUUCUUAUAUGUCUUAAUGAUUUUUUAGUUUGUUACAGAUGUGUUGCGUGUAGUCCAUGUUUGGACAGUAUGUGAAAAGAAUAAU